AUGGAUAAGUCGCACCUCAUGCCCGAGAGGCCGGGCAACCGUGUCAGAGUCUCCAGUCCAGAUCGGGAGUCCCACAUUGACGCACACGAAGACUUUUUCUCAACACAUCUGCCAUCUCGUCCUGUUACUCCAAUGGGUCCAGACAGAGACCAUCAGUCUCGCCACCGGAAGCCGAGCAAGAUUGUGUUGUGCUUCGAUGGCACAGGCAAUAAGUUCCAUGGCGACGACAGCGACAGCAACAUUUUGAAGAUAUUUCGAAUGCUCGACAGGACAGCGAGGGAUCAAUCCGGAAUUGGCACCUAUGUUGUCUCGAGCAGCUUGACUCGCACGGGAACGGUGGCGCGUAUCAAGUCUUGGUACAUGAAAGCCAAAGACAGUGCCAUUGGGUCCUCGUUCGAUCAUCAUGUUGUGGGAGGCUAUCGGUUCCUGAUGAGGUUCUACAACCCUGGAGAUGAGAUCUACAUCUUUGGCUUCUCGCGUGGGGCGUACAUUGCGCGAUUCUUGGCCGAGAUGUUGGAUUAUGUCGGACUGCUGUCGCACGGUAACGAGGAGAUGGUGGUGUUUGCGUGGAAAGCCUUCUCCAACUGGCAGAGCAGGCAGGGAGACAACACUCCAGAAGGGAACCAGAAGAAGAGGGAGAUGUACACCUUCAUGAAGGGAUUUCGUGAGACCUUCUCCCGCCCUGUCCGCCGCAUCCGCUUUCUCGGCCUCUUCGACACAGUCAACAGUGUACCUCAGUUUGAGGCAGCCUGGAUGCAAAGGAGCAAGUUUCCUUACACGGCGCGCACCUCGGCAAAGGUUGUCCGUCACGCCGUGAGUAUUGAUGAGCGCCGCGCCAAGUUCCGGCAGGACUUGGUGUACCAGAGCAAGAGCGGCAAGAAGCAGCACCACCAUCACCCAGUGUCCGAUGGUCUCCACAAUCUCCACGAGAAGUACAGACGAAAAUUCGCUGCCGCUCCCGCCCACCAAGGUAAACAGGGCCAGGACGACAGAGGGCGACGGCCCACGUUGGGCGUGCCCACGGAUCCAGAACCAUAUCGCAGGCGCUCCCACUCGACACGAUCACGGCACUCCAACAAGACCGAGGCUUCGGCGCGCCCGACGGAGAACGACGUCAAAUCCGAGGUAUCAAUCGAGCCCCAUCCUCAUCUGGAGGACGCCGAAUCAUUUGCCGAGAGUGAGGAAAGCGACGAGGAGGAAAGCCAUCAGGACAUCGACGAAGUGUGGUUCUCAGGAGGCCAUGCGGAUAUUGGUGGUGGGUGGGAGGAAACCUUUGAGGACUCCAAGGUCGCCAGCCACGUUCCCUUGGUCUGGAUGGUCCACGAAGCGAUCAAGGCAGGCCUGACGUUUGACGAGGAGAAGGUCCGCGAGAUGGGUUGCGUCGAGGCUCUCCAUGACCACGACGAGCCCGACACCGAGGAUCAUGGGUAUAGGCCGCCGUCGUCAGGACAGGAACAGCCCCUCAAUGACGAGAUUGCCCCUCACGAGACCUCGGGCGAGCCCAACCCACCGAUUCCAAACAUCAUGAUCCGCAGUUCGAGUAUGAGCACACCCAAGUUGUUCCAGCAAUCCAGCUUCAAGGACUCAUUUUCUCAGGCCAACGGCGGGAGCAGUGGUGCCAAAAGGUCGGGCGAGAAGGAGGGUGACUGCAGCGGGCAGCAGAAGCCUUCGUCGUUCCGAGAAAUGAUGCACAAAGCGCACACGGCUCGAAUUCACGACUCCCUCGAGUUUGAUUGCGGGCUGAGCAAGACUUCAGUGUUAGCUUGGAAGAUUAUGGAGUAUCUCCCCUUCCGCCGUAUGGACCUUCAAGAAGAUGGCUCUUGGAAGCCCAUUCGCUGGCCCCUCCCCUGCGGGGAAGUUCGUGACAUUCCUGAGGAUGCCCGUAUCCAUGGCAGUGUGAUCCGCCGCAUGAAGGCACACGAGAAAUAUCGGCCAGGAAAUUUGAUCAUUGGUGGUGGUGGGAGAGGGGUGAGGCGUGCUGGAGAGGAGCAUGGUAUUGGCGAUUGGGUCUGUGUUGAGAAGGAUGGUUGUCCGAUUGGGGAGAUUUGGAUGAAGAGGAGCGCUUGGGAGAAGAUGCAUGGGAAUUGCAAUGACAACGAGAAGAAUGGCAAUGCCCACUGA